AUUUGAUAAUGGAGCCAUUGAACUCAGAAUACCACAAAGAUGGAGAUGACAUAGAACUUCAAGACAUCAAAUUCGAAAGACUGAAUAAUUCAGAAAUAGCAAAAGAAUCAGAACGAUUCGAAUCCUUUAAAGAUGAUAGUAGAUAUUGUCUCAAUGCACCUGAUGGCCAUUACUAUUAUGCUCAUGUAGAUGACAAAUCAGAUUCCUUAUGAGAAGGCAAACUUCAGAAAUUGGAAAAGAGAAGAAAAGAGCUAGACCAAUUCUUGAUGAGAGCUGUAGAUAGCAUAGAUUUCAGCUAUGAAUUUGAGCAAGAUCCAUCUCUUAGAUUCAAUUUUCAUCGAAGAGGGUAUUUGAUUUGCUUGAUUAUUGUUUCAUUUGGAUUGAUAGCCUCUUACAUUUCUUACCUGAAUAUUAACAACAUUAUUCAAGAAGCAAUAAGUGUAGGAAAAUUGACUGACUCAGAUAAAAUAAAAUCUAUUAUCCAGGUGAUCAUCUAUUUCGAUUCAUCAAUAAUGAUAUUUGUGUUAGGUACUGGCCUCGUAGCUCAGUAUACAAUCAAGACGAGCAUCUUUAAAAUGCACUCCAUUCUUCUAGUAUGCUCUAUCUUGACCAUAAUACCUCUAAGCUAUCUUUCAGAGAUUUAUUUAAUAGUUUUUACUUCAAGAAUGCUAUGAUACAUCUACUGCAGAUAUUUGAUCUCUAUCAUCUACAACUCAUUAGUCUAUCCAAUCUUCACUUCAAUUGAAGAUGACCAUCAGAGGACUCGUGCAAUAGAAAGAUUCAACAACUUCAUAAAAUUUGGGCAGGCAAGAGUACUUCAGAACUAUACAUCACGUUCUCAAGAGCAGUUCUCUAUCUCUCAAAGAAUAUUCAGAAUUUAGAGAAUAACCAC